AUGAAUUGCAUUCAACAAUCAGGUGCAGAUGUGGAUGUUCCUACCCCAACAAAAGAUGAACCAGUGGUGUCCGAAACCUGUAACUUUCACACCAUGUUAGGACAAAAUUCAAAUGAUGCAGAUCAAACUCCAGAACUACCUACUGGCUCUAUGACAGGUUCAGAAUCUAGAGAUUGUGCUACACCAACAGUGGAUGAAAAAUAUUCAGCUCUGGAUUGCCCAACACCUACCCUUGAUGAACCAGUUGAACAAUAUACACCCACUUUAGAUAGUAGUGAUCUGUCAAUAUCUGAUGUCAAGUGCAAGCUCUUUAUUAAGGAUGAUUGUGAAGUUCAAUCUGAGAGUCUACUGUCGAAAGUAGAAGGAAAGGACAUUAAAGGUUCUGGAACUUCUCAAGAAACUGUGACUGAUGGGGAAUCCAGUUCUCAGGGUCAGCAUCUGAAGCCAGUAGAUGAGGAAAGCAAGGAUAAAGAACCUGAAAAGGAUGGAUCAGGUGGUCAAGGUCUUGAAGCGAAGAUGGGAGAAAAGGAUACAAAGAUACCUAAUCUGGCCAAAACCCCUUCAAAUGAGAGUACUGUGAGUCAUGAUAGUAAUGAAGACCAGAAACAGAUUACUGUCACACACAGUGGAGAUGAGUUCACUUGCACUGAAUGUGAUUUUACUGGACAGGGUCAUCACUUUGAGGAGCAUCUGAUGUGCCACCUUAUCCUGAAACCGUAUCAGUGCUACUGCAAAGAAGCUUUUGCUUCAAGAAAAGAAGUUGGAAAACACCUUUCCGCUAUGCAUAAGGGGAAGAAGCUGAAUUGUAUGUUGAAGGCCCUUAGUCGAGCAAAGAAUCUAAUGCUUCAGGCUAAAAAGAACAACUCAUGUGUCUUCUGUGCGCUUAUUUCUGGUAGCGAGUUGUCUUUAAAGCGAAAACGUUCUGUGGAAUCAAUCGGAUCUGUUGGCACUCUAUCCAGAACGUCUUCUGGAUCAGAUAGCUCUGAGCCUACAUUGCCCAAGCUACCAUGCAGGCAGACAUCUUGUGUGAGUGAAAAUGAUUCCUUAAAACCAGAGAGAUUAGAAAGUAGCUCUAGCAAAGACAAAACCAUGCCUGUGGAAGAUUUGAAGGAUGUCAUGGAUGGUAUCAAAGAAACACAAGAAGAUCCUGGUUCCAGAAAUAGUCCAAUAGGAGACAAGAGUGAAGAACUUGAAGAGAACUCACAACAUGAUUCUAAAGAUGCACCAGAAAAUGAUAAAAUAGAGCAUGAGACAUUGGAAGAAAUCAGUGAUAACAGAAAGGAACUAAAAGUCAAUAAAGAUGAUGGCGAUGGUUGUACAGACAUUUCCUUAAAGAGUGGUAAUGUUUCAGAGAAUGAAGCCAAAGAUGACUCUAUGACAAAAGUGGUUACCAAAGAUAAGGCACAUGCUCCAGACAGUGAGCUAUCUGAAAUGUCAGAUGUUCCAGCAAAUAUUACACCAGACUGUCCAGGGAAGGAAACAACAAACCUUGGUUCUUGUGAAGAAGAGAACAAGGAAGUGCUAGAAGAUGAUCCUAUGAGCCAUGCUCUCAUCAACAAUGUGAGUCAAGUUCCUGAUACUAAUCUUUCUGAUGACACUAUGAAACCAGAAUCAUUUGUAAGAGAUGAUUCUUGUAGGAUUACCAAAGUUGAAGAGACACAAAGAAAAUCAGAUAAUGAUGUUCCAGAGUGUGUUGACAAGGAUGAAGUGUUAGAUACUUUGGAAGUUAAGAGUAUCGUAAACAAGGAUUUGGGUGAGGUUGUGUCAGGUUCUUCUGAGGACAAUGACAAAAAGGAAGUAACAGAUAAGAUAGAGGGAAAUGUUGUCAAUGAAGCAUCAGAAGCUGCUGAGGAUGAUGACAUGAAGGAGGCAUCAUUUCAAGGGGAAGAAAAGGCUGUAACAGCAAUGUUAGAUGUUGAAGACAAUGAUAAAGAAAUGUUGGCAGAUAGUGAGGACAGUGACAAGAAAGGAGUUUCAGUAGGAUACAAGAUCCAUUCAACUGGGAAGGAAGUUUUAGAAAAUGGUAUGGACAAUCAUAAAGAUGUUUCAGGAGAUGGUAAGGACAAUUCAAUUGACAUGGAAGUUUCGGGAGAUUUUGAGAACAACAUUCAGAAGGAAGUUUCAGGAGAUGGGGAGGGUGAUUCUAUUGAGAGGGAUGUGUCAGGAGAUUGUCACCCUAUAAGUGUUGUCAAUGAUAUUGCAGGACAGGAUAUAACAGGAGGUGAAUCCAAGGACAUUGAAAUGGAAAUUCCUGGGGAUGCUUUUCCAAACUCAGCUGCAAACACACAGAGAGGGUCCAGCAGUGAUGCUCAAGAAGACAAACAUAAGGCUGUGGAUAGUGAGACCCAUGAGGGCAGAACAAAUCUUGAUUAUGAAGAAAGUCGAGCAGGGAUUUCUGAUCAUGUAGAAGGUGAUGGAAGACAUGCACAAGAACAAUCUAGUUGUCAUGAUGAUGUGGCCUCGGAAAAUACAGUCACUGAUGAGGUGUGUCAUAAAGAUCAUGAUCAAGUUCAGCAUUCUGAGUCAAGUAAUAUUAACUCUGGCGAGAAGGCUGAUGAUACUAGCAGCAAUGAUUUAGGAGACAUGGGCUUGAAAAUUGUUGCAUCAUUUUCCCUUGAUGGAGAUGAAUUUUGCAAGCCUGCAGAAGGUAAGGACGGCGAUGAUUCUGAGAUGACUACUCCGGAGGCACAAUCAGUCGAAACAACAGACACAUCUGUUGAUGACACAAGUGGAUUGGUUAUUGAUGUAUUUAAAGAUGGACGGAUAUCUGUUCACAAUACCAAAGAAACCAUAUCUGAAGAAGCAGAUAAGACUGUGUUCAAAACUUCAGAACAAACUGCUGACGUUGAUGUUGAAUCUGUGACUCCAUCAAAACCACAGCAGUCCAAGCUUGGGCAACUCUUGUCUGGAACAGCUGCAUUCCCCACUUCUGUUGGCAUGUCCUCAUCACCACCACCAGCAUCAACUCAACCUGCAUCCAAAACAACCGAACCAAAACCACCAACAGUACCAGGCAUUACUCCAGCUCAGAUGAAGCACAUGCGUAAUCCAAAUUUCUAUGUGUGUGGAUUGAACUGUAAUUUCAGUUGCCUCAAUUCCGUCGAAUUCCGAGACCAUCUGUUCAUGGGGCAUGCUGGAGAGAAAGUCUUCCCUUGUUACUAUUGUGGCUGGCUUGCACAUACUGAAGAGAGCUUGUUAAGGCACAUCACCAACCAUGCUCACAAUUACAGCAAGAUUGCUCCAUUGUAUCUGUGUGGAAUGCAGAGAUGUAAAUUUGGCACCAACCUUCUUUCAGAUUUGCUCAAUCAUAUGCAAAUUCUACAUCAUGAUAUAACUUUGUACAUUUGCAAAGAGUGUAAUGAAACAUUUUCUGAUGUUAAGGAACUUGUGAGUCAUUUUGAUGAGAACUUUAUUCAUGUUGUGAACUGCCCACACUGUGCUUGUAAGGGAACGGACAGGAGGAUGAUCCUGAAGCACAUCUCAGAAUACCAUCCUGGAAAGGCCAAGAUGGUGUCUGUUGCUAAACAGAUCAUUUGCAAAGACAGAAAGGUCAACAACUAUAAGCAGGUGAAGGCUCAGUACAAACGUGAUUCUGCACUGGUGCAAGAAACAACAUCAAUACCAGGUGCUGCAUCAUCAGCAGUUCCUGAGAAAAAGCAAAUUAGUAGUACCUCAAGCUCAGCCACUUACACUACCCUCAAACACAAUGAAACUACUUCACAGUCUGAUGCCACAAAAGUGAAAGUAGAAAAUACAGUAUGUGACAAUGACUACGGGAAGAUAUCAUCCGGUGCCCGUGCUGCUGCUGCUGCUACAAAGACUCCUACUGAUGGUUCACCUCCUGAGAAACAGAUAAAAGCUCCAAAGUGUAGUCACUGUACAUUUGUAGCUCGAGAUCAGAAACGACUUGAAAGUCAUAUGAAGUGUCAUGGUCUACCUGUUAUCAAAAGACACAGAUUUCGAUGCCUGUAUUGUCCUCAAGGAUUUGAUAGUUCGCAAAAAUUCAGACUGCAUAUUAAUUGUCAUCCUGGUUUGAUCAAAUAUUGGAUGUAUUGUUGUAAAAGGUGUGAUUUUGACACUAAUCAACGUUACGUGAUGUUGAGACACAUUCGUACCAGAGAUGAACUUCAUUUUAAUGAAGGAAAUGAGGAGGAUAUGUUUUCUGUUGUGGAAAGGAUUGUGGAGAGCAGAGUUCUUGAAUGUGAGCACUGCAACUAUCAGACCAGACACAAGCUUCAUCUGCAGAUUCACUACCAGAGAGAACAUAAGGUUGUUAAAGCAGCAGCGCAGUCUUCAACGGAUGCAGACAAACAUUCGCUUGCAAAGCAAGUGGCUUGGGUUUCUCCUCCCAAACACGGUUCCUCAUCAAGUGACACCUGUCAGGAAAAUAUGUCAAAGAAGUUUAAGUGUCCUUUUUGCAGAUAUCUUGUCCCGAAAGCAGCAGAUUUGAAAUCUCAUGUUAAAAAACAUGCUAAUCUUGGAAAAAUCACACUGGAUUUCUUGAGGUGUAGGUACUGCAGUCUCUCCUCAACCGCAAGAGAAAUUGUCUAUGCUCACAUCAGGGACAAACAUAGAGGGAAACCAAUGGUUCUUGUGCGAAAGAUAGUGACCAUUGAUUGUAGUGGCACGGACAAUUCUUUCUCGGAGACGUCAGUUACUGAAGCUCCUGUUGCAGUGACAUCCUCAAGCGGUCAUGGCAUUGAUAAGUUUCAGUGUGAAACUUGUUCAUUUGCCACAAACAAUAGAGGACAGUUUGAAGUUCAUGUUCAACUUCACAACACCACAAAAGGAGGAAUACUUGGCAUGUCUAUGAAUGCGGACUCUGAUGAUGAUGUUGAUGAGGAGGAUAUGGAAACUGGUGUUGAUCAUCCACAACCUGAAGAUGACGACACAUCGAUCAGACCUGCACCUGAGGUGACACCAAGUCCUGUUGACGUGAUUGAACAGGUGUAUGUCAUUCCAGAAGCUGUGGCUGGUGACCAGCUCAGUUCACCAGCAAGAUGCUGCAAUUGCUACUAUGCUUCUGGGUACCGAUCAGCUUUUAUUGACCAUAUGAAGACAAACCAUCCUAGUGUUAUGUUGGUUAUAAGAAACAAGGGUACAGCAGUCGAACAGAUUUGUCCAAGUGGAAAAAUGUUCUUUGGUUUACCAUCCACUCUCAAUAAUGAAGUGCUUCUUGUGCCCGACAGACAAGUCUUCACUCAAGCUGUUAAAUGUCCUAAAUGCCCAUACUUUACAACCUACUUCAGACGGAAUCUGGUUCUUCACCUCACAAAAGAUCAUCCAGAGAUUACAGCAAUGGGAAAAUGUACAUGGCCAGGUUGGCAAACUGGUUCUGGUGAAGCUGCACAUGCUGUGUCGAUGAAACAAGAACAUGCAACAAUGAAAAAACUAAAGAGACCAAUUUCACCUCAAGAGAGAGAUGAAAGUUGCAUCAUUGGCUCUGGUGAUUUAGAUGAACAGAUUGCAUGUCUUUACAAGAACUUUGGAGACAGACAGCAGUGCCUCAUUUGUAAUUCUGUGAAACCAAAGAAGUUCUUUAUGCAUAUUCAUCUUCUGCGUCAUCUGAAUAUCUUUCUUGUAAAGUGCCCAUACUGUUCCCACCAGGGUCUGCAAAAGUACAAGAUCGGCCGUCAUAUUAGAACCAACCAUCCAGAUCACCAGAAUUGUGUGGAGGAAGUGCAGAAUGAUAUACCAAAGAAAGUUGCAGAGUUCUUGGCACAUCAGAAGAAAGUUGUUGCUGCUGCAACAACAAGUCCUCCACCUUCUGGGGACAAUGUGACCUUUAUGGACAACAAACAUCUUUCUGUCCACUCUGGCAGUCCAGGGAAGGACAUUCAUGGUGCGAACAAGAUGUCUGGUCCUCUAGGCACCUCAUACUUGGAUGAGAAACUUCUAUGUCUAUACACAUGCAGUGAAGGAAAAAAUAAAUGCAAUUUGUGCAGUGUUGAAUUUUCAAGAAAAUAUGCCAUUCAUCGGCAUAUAGUUGUGAACCACCUGAAGGUAUCCCUCCUCAAGUGUGGACAUUGUAACUUUGAAGGGGUUGAGAAACAUGUCGUCAUUGACCACAUCCUCGAGCAGCAUAAGAACCAACCCAUCAAGUUUGAGCCACUGAACAUCAAUAUGGAGGGAAAGGUACAAGAAUUUCUCAACACAUACAAUGUUGUUAAGUCAGAACCAGGGUCAGUAGAUGUAAAGCCCCUCUUUUCUCCCUCACCUGUAAAAUCCUUUGGUCCACAGGCAUAUUGCCUUGGUAAAGACAAACUCCACAACAAGCUGAUGCCUCUGUUUUCCAAGAAGAAUGACAGUUACAAGUGUAACCUUUGCAAAUGGAAGUUCCCAAGAAAGUAUGCUAUCCAUCGUCACAUACUUAUGAAGCAUUUAAAGAUUGGACUAUAUGGGUGCACUCACUGCCAUGUUCAGGGAGCAGAGAAGUACAUUGUGGUCUCUCACAUGAAAGAAGCUCAUCCAAAAGUGGCACCUCAAGCAAGAAUCCUAGAAGUUGACAUGGAUCACAGAAUACAAGAGGUUUUGCGUGAGGUGGCCAGUGGAACUGGAUCACAUACCUCAGGAAGGAAGCCGCCCACAUACUAUGAUGAAGAUAUUCCAGAUCCUGUCAUGACUCCAACUAAGUCUAUGACAGAAUACCAAGAUGAUGAAGAAGACAAAAAACCAACGGAGGCUGAUAAGAAGCAGAUGGUGGUUGCAAUGUUUGGAAAGAAGAGGAAGUCUUUAGAACCUGCUGAACCAUCUCAACUUGACUCAGCAAUUACACCAAAGAAGCUGAAGACAACUUCCAUGGUCGAUGUUACCACUGAGAUUAAGGUUGUAUGCAUAGAGGAGGGAAGUUUCAAGAAGUAUGUUUGUGAAAAGUGCAGAUUUACAUCUUUACACAGAUCCAAUGUUUAUCGACAUGUUUUGAGGAUUCAUGAGAGAUAUAGAGAACUGCAAUGUGAAUAUUGUGGAUACAAAAGUUACAGUAAGGUCCUACUGAAUCAACAUAUAGAAGUUGAGCAUGGAGGAAAAUCUCUGCUCAGAGACACUAAGGACACACCAACCAGUGUGAAGGAAGAACCCAAAGAACCAAAGCCAGAUCCCCAUUCGUCCUCCAGUCCAGGUCAGACUGUCAAGCAUUAUGCCUGUGCAUAUUGUAACUUUGAAACAAACACUGCAGAAAAUAUUAUAAAACAUACUCGAGAAAACCAUGCUCCUGGAAGUGGAGAAACUUUUAACUCGGCUGCAGGUGAUAAGUCAACUGCCAGCUCAGACCCAGAUGUCACUGUGUCAACACAUGAACAUGUGAUAAAAAAGUCCUCUGUUAAAAGAGGAACAUUUACUGAAUCCCAGAUGUUGUACUGUGGAUAUUGUACCUUCAAGGCACCUGGAAUUCAAGCACUGAAGGACCACCAUAAAGCCAUGCAUCACUCCAGCAAACUCUGCAUCAUUUCUCCCCAGCCAUGGAGGUACAUCUGUAGAAUCUGUGGCCUCAAAAACAAUGCUGGCAGCAAGAUGAGGUGUCACCUCAAUCGCCAUCUUGAAUAUAGGCCAUACACUUGCAGUUCUUGUAGCCAGCCUUAUGCUUCCACUGAUGAACUUCGCAAACAUGUACGCAGCCUGCAACAUUCAGACAACUUUCAGUAUAGAAAACAUGAGAAAAAGGAGCAGAAGAUUAACCGAUUCUUGGAGGAGUCCAGAAAAAAUGCUCUUCUUGUAAAUCUUGGUGCUCCUCCAGAUAGUGACUCAGUGGCUGUUCCUACAAAACCUGUCAGUUCUGAAAAGUUAAAAGAAGGUAAACCGUCAACUGAAUUCAAGUUCAAAGGUAUAAAGAGAUCAAUGAAGAUGCCCAUGUCACCGGCAAAGUCCUUGAAGAAGAAGUACAUGAAAACAGGCCUUGAUCGAGACAGCAAGGCUGUGACCAAAGACAUAGCCUGCUAUUGGUGUGACAUCCCACACACAGUGUGUGUGGAUCAAAUGCGUCAACACCACACUAAAGCACAUCAAGACAAGGACUUCCUCUGGGUGGACACUCGUCAAGGUAACAUCUGUACCAUUGAUGGGGAGAUAGUGGAAAGCGGAAACCUGGCUGAAAUCCCCAAGAUUUAUGACUUGUAUGCCUCCAAAAAACUCAAUACUGGAAAGACCAAGUUCUACUGCAACAAGUGUUCGUUCUCAGCCUGGUAUCUCCCAGCCAUGGUGAGUCACUGCCGAUGUCAUCUGCCCAAGAAGUACCUCUGUGCCUACUGCCAUCUCCGCUACAGUAACAAGGAAUACCUGGAGAAGCACCAGCGCACUUUCCAUCCUGGCCAGGAGAUCUGGAUGCUUCACAUGCUGGAAAAGAAUGCUGGCCACAGACCACCUCAAGCCACAUCAACGCAACCCUCUGCCUCGGUUGCCUCCACCAUAUCUGUGAAGCAAGAGUUGCUGGAUGAGGCAUUAUCAGCUGCAGCUGUUGAUGAGAGACGAAUAAGUCAGUCAGUGACGUACUGUUGCAACUUCUGCUCCUAUCGAAAUGAGAGCUUAUACCAAUAUAGGCUCCACCUGCCGUUACAUGGAACUUUCAAACAUCUCAAAACAGACCUGUUGAAUGACUCGCCUCUUAAAUGUGGUUUCUGUCCCUUUGUUGCUACUGACCAAUCAGACUUCAGCUUUCACAUUACGACUCACUUUGAAAACCGCUCUUUUAAGUGUGCUCAUUGUGACUAUAGUGCAUAUACACGUGCUCACGUGAAGUUCCAUUCAGCCAAUCAACAUCCAGACAUGGAACAAACUGUACUUGACCUUUCAUCUUGUUCUAGCUACGUUGAGUAUCUAAAAGCAGAGAAAACAAACCUGCCCAAACUGGUUGAUUUGGAUCCACAAGUUGUGGUCAAGGAUAUUACAACUAUGACCCAACAUGACUUGGAAGAGAUGAUGACAAGAGAACAUAAAAGUGUCUGCUAUGAGGAUGUGGAUGUGGAUGUGGAUGUGGAUGUUGUGGGAAUAGAAGUUGUUGUGGACAAGACAGCAUCAGAGAGAAAAGAAGAUAGGAAUGUUGUCAAUGUUGUAGGGGAGGCUGGAGCGCAUCCUGCAGAUCACACUGAACAUCAUCCUGAAGAUCAUCCUGCAGACGAAAGUAGUCAAGCUAUUCCAGUGGAGGAUGAAAAAGCCAUUACCUCUGUGUCUGAUGACUGUGAUCCUCAAGCAGUGGUGUCUUCAAGCAUAGGAGAAUUGGAAGAGACUCCAGAUUUUGAUCUUGCUGAAGUAUCAGCAUUUGUAGAAGAUGCUGUUGUCCCCAAUGUUGAAAUGAGACAGGAUAAAGACAGCAAGGAAGGCCAUGAAGUCGUCGAAGCAGACAGUAAACCAAGCAGUGGCAAUGGAUCUAUGCAGGACAAUUCCAAAUAUUUGGACAGUUCGUUUGAUGAUAAAGAGAAUGGCAGUGCCUCUGCUGACGAAAUUGAUGGGGAGUUUCCUGAGUCAGGUUGCCAAAAUGAGGUUGUUCUUCCUAAGGUGAAAGAACCAGAGGAGAGACAAAGGAAAGAUGAUUCAGGCAAUGUCUUUGACACUCUGCAUAGCUGGCUCUCAAUGAAGUGAUUUCUCGUUCCUCAUAUGUGGAAAUUUGACCAUUUGUAUUUGUGAAAGUAAAGGAAUGAUGCAACUCAAGGGGAAGUAAUGAAAGUUGGUCUCCCUUUAUAGAAUCACUUCUCAUAUUUUCAAUGCUAUUUUGUUAUCCCUGUUACAUUAUUUGUUCAGAUAUUUGCAUUGGAAAUGUAAACUUGAUGUUACAAUAAGAGUGAUCAGAGUUUUUCCAGCAGAUGAUUGGUCAGUUGAUUUGCUCUCAGGACCUUGUUAUGAUGAUGUUGAGAAUAAACCCCUCAAAAUUCGGGCUUGAAUGUUGUGUCACAAAACCAAACAAAUUGCACUGCCAGAUGUUUGUAUAUUUGAUUGUUUAGAGUGUUGUAGCCAUUGUUGUGUCUGAUAAUCUCAUAAUAAUGGAUUUGUAUUGCACCUAGUUUCCACCAUACAGUGCUCUAAACAGUUACAUAGAGUAAGCUCUUUCUUAUGGUUUUUGUUACCUGUAAUCAAAUUUGAUGUACCAUAUUUCCUCUGUAACCAUAACAAGCCUGGGUGUCAAGAGAGGAAAUAUAGUGGAUUGAUGUUUCCAGGUUCAGUUUCUGUUUGUAUGACUAAAUAUGUUACAUAUCAGGGUACGAAAUUACUUUUAUUGAAUUUCCAUCCCUUUACUGUUACUUUCUUGUGUAUAUUUAUGACUAAACCAAAAUAAAUGAAACCAAAUAUUUUUGAAUAAACGUUAUGAGAGCUA